UAAUCCAAAUUUCUCCAAAAUAUGUUUUUUUUUCCUCUAUAAACCGUUGUUGGCUUUUUAACUUACAAAGCAAAUAAAAGAAAACAAGAAAAAGGCAAGUUGUUAACGGGAUCCAUUGUCAGCUCAGGCUGCUGUUCGAUUGAUGAGCAUUUUCCUACACUCACAGCCUAAUAAGAAGACAAUUCAUAGCCCCACCUAACCAGCAAAAAAUCCUUCCUAAUCCCCACAAUGUGCAAUACAAAGUCAUCUAAACCAUAAAAUCAACUUCAAACAAAACUCCAAUCGCUUUGAACAUCCCAUUAAUCACAUUCAUUCCCUCCCCACCAAAUUUAAUCGCUUUGAACAUCCCGUUAAUCACAUUCAUUCUCUCCCUCUCAUUGACAAAGCACAAAGAUAUGCCGGUUUUUGCAGAGAGCAGCAACACAACUAUAGCUGACCAAAUCAAGCUAAGAAAACACAGAGAGCUGCAACCCAUUGCAACUGAAACAGAUCCAAACCCACAUAUCUCUAGGACCUCCAAAUCCAAUACAAUAAUCUCCUCCCUCUUCCACUCUCACUUCACUGCAACCCCACCUGACCAAACAAAGAAGAAAGGUGCAACCUUUAGAGGCCUAGGAUGCACUGCUGGAGCAGCACAGCAGGUGUCGGUGCCGGCGGUGAUAAGGUCAUCGGCUGGCUGGGAAGGGAAAAGGGUCAAGAAGAAAAAGGGUCAUCAGAAAAGAAAGAAAGAAAGCUUGAAACUUUCCAGUGACAACAACAACAAUAGUAAUAAUAGCAAUGGUGAUGGUGAUCUUAGUGGAGAUGGUAAUCUUGGGAAUUGCAUGGUUAUGCAAGAUGUUUGGUGUGGACCUGGAAUUGGGUUUUCAGGUGCUGAUGCUGUUGUUGGGUCAGUUGACUGUGUUGUCGUUAGAAGGAACGCGUCAUCCGGAAGAGGGAAGAUUGAUGAAGGAGAGAAAUUUAAUCAAAGGGAAAGAGAGAGGGGGAGAGAGAGAGAGCGUCCUUGUUUAUCUAGGCGGGCUGCAGUGAAUCCUGAAACCCCCUCGUUUCUGGAUACUGAUCCUGCUUUUGUAACAUCUCGUCCUGAAAUAGAAGUUUUUGGAACUCGGUAUUAUCGCCAUAUCCGACAUCCUUCCCCAGAUGGACUUGCUAGGAUGAUGAUGCUCCAGAAUAGUUUUAUCAUGGGAGGAAGAUUGGAUCGAUUUAGCAACUGGAGACUUGAUAUUGAUCACAUGACAUAUGAGCAACUGCUCGAUUUAGGUGAUAGAAUUGGUUAUGUGAAUACUGGAUUGAAAGAAGAUGAGAUCAGCAGCUGUGUCAAGAAAAUUAAUCCCUCAAUCAUCAAAGAACUGCCAUCACAUUUACACAUGACAUUGGAAAAGAAGUGCAGCAUUUGUCAGGAUGAGUUCGAAGAAGCUGAUGAGUUAGGCAAACUAGAUUGUGGACAUGGUUUUCACAUACAAUGUAUAAAGAAAUGGCUUGCACAGAAAAAUACAUGCCCGGUCUGUAAAACUGAACCGGUGGCUCGAGCCUAAUAUCUUCAAACUGCUGCUAUUUACCUGUUGGUGUGUAUAGAUUUCAUUUCCUAUACGUAUUCAAGCAUCCAUUCUUUAGCCUGAAGCUUCAACUCCAGUAUGCCUAGAAAUCAGAGGCUUUUUCUUCUUUUCUUUUCUUUUUUAGUGAUCCAGCAAUCUCAUGCUGAUUGAAAUUAUUGCGUUGCUGAAGUUUGAUGGAAAUCAUUUACAGUUUGAUAGAUGUUUGAAAUGGAAUGUGCUCAAUUCCAUAACACUUCUAGGGUUAUUUCUGAAUGCACCAGAUGCUUUUUUAACUUAUAA